AUGUCGUGCUCCUCAACUCCUUACUCCCCAGGACUCUCACCUGCUCUGCGGAGGACCUUGGGAGCGCGUCCUCCUCUAAGACUCCUCCUAUCCACACCGCCAGUGCCCCCGUUUUCCGGGACACCUGGGCCCUGGCUACGCAGACCCCUGUUUCAUCUGGAGCUGUCAGAUGCUGAGGAUGCCUUCCCGCGCCGCGGGGGGCCACUUGAGGUGCCGGCAGACAGCCAAGUGUUCGUGCAGGCGGCCCUGGCCCGGCCCUCUCCGCGCUGGAGCCUGGCCCUGCACCGCUGCUCGGUGACACCGUUCUCGCACCCAGCGCCUGGGCCAGCCCUGGUGCUGCUGCGCGGAGGAUGCCCCGCCGACACUUCAGUCACCUUCCCGCCGCCGCUGCCGCCAAACCCAGGCAGUGCCCGCCUGGUGCGAUUCAGUUUUCGCUUGCGCCCGGUCUUCAACGCCUCAGUGCAGUUCCUGCACUGUCAGCUGAGCCGCUGCCGCCGCCUCCGGGGAACCCACCAGAGGCCCUCACCCCAGACCCCGCAGCCACCGCCGUCGCGGUGUUGGCCUCAGGAUGAGGCAUGCACGGGCAGCGGCGAGAGCCUCGGCGCUGACGGCCCCCACCUGCACACGCUAACACUGCCCAUCGUGGUCACCGUGCCGCAGCCGCCCCCCAGGCCACCCAAGAGCCUCCCGGGGAAGGCAGUGCGCUCUGAGCCACCCGCGCCUGCGCCCGCAGCCCUGGAGCCCGCCCCCGUGGUAGCGCUGGUGCUGGCGGCCUUCGUUCUGGGCGCUAUGCUGACUGCCGGGCUCGGCCUCGUGUGCGCGCACUCAGCGCCCGGACCCCCCAGCCAGCCGGCCAGGGCUUCGCCCAGCGGUCCCCAGCCGCGGAGGCCCCAGUGAGGCAGCAGUGGCAAACCCCCACAGGACUGAGAUGCAGCAGCCAAGCCGUGGCUUCAGACCAGGCGGGCCAGGACCGGGCUCACUGCCUUGGAGGCCACACUCUGAGAACACAACCCCUUCCUCCCUUUCCACCAUCUCACCUGGGCUCAA